AUCCGAUCGCCAUCGCGUGCGCAAAAUCGAUCUCGCAUCUCGACGAGGGAAUUUCGCUCAUCGAUGUUCGUCCUUCCCCGGAAGGUGAGGUGAGGAAGGGAGGAGGGGGAGGAUCGCGUGGCAUCACAGCUUCUUUCGAAGUCGACAAGUUCACGAGGAUGGAUCGCGAGAGAUACCGGGCGUGUUCGAUAUUGUCGAUCGUAUUCUGAGUAGCUCAUCGCGCGUUUCGAGUUGCAUUUUCGCGUCAUCGUGUCAAAGUAUGCUUGCGCGAUGAACUUCGCUCUUAAUUCUCGUAGAAAUCGCAAAUCAACUACGACAACGAUCGUCAUAUUGUCAAUUUUUUAGUCCAUCUUCAUGGCGAAAUACUCGGCAAUAAAUAGUCGGCGAAUUCUUCGAUUUCUCUCAUAUUCAGUGAAGUGUUCAAUUCUUAAACAACGGCAAUUUCCGAGUGCGUCGUGGGGAAGUCGCCAUCGUUGAGUUUUAUGUUCAACCUAGAAUUUUAUCGAAGAUUCCAGACUGUUGUAUUUAGCGCUGGAACGUAGUUCACCUCUAGCGCGAUAGAGGACGCACUGUGCGUCGUCACGAGCCGCGAGAACUGUCAAAUGGUGGGGGGCAGCGGCGGCGGAGUGGGGGAAGCUCCGCCAUUUCGGCGGCGGCGCGAGAAGGGUCAGUCGGUAGCGGCGCGUCGUCCCGGACGGGUGACGGAGUGACGAUGUAUCGAUACAUGCGUUUACGCGGAUCGUCGCGGACGGUCUCGGUGCUUUUCCGCGUAUGUCUUGUGUCGCUUGUGCUCGUGUGGCGGCCGGUGUCAUGUCAGGAGAACAGUCUGACGAGCCGUAUGCGGGCGAUCAGCGAGGAUCUGGACCGACAGCUCAACGAGAUAAUGGCUUCGCAGGCGCUCACCUAUUCGACGAUCAACAUCGCGGGAUUGCCCUACAACGCCACCACCAAGUUCAAUCCGAAGGGCAUGGGCCAGCUGUACAACGUAACGAAUAUGUUCAUCGACUUGGUCCAGAGCAAGCAGGCUUAUCCAGAAGGUAUGAUCAACUUGGUUGACGGUGCACCGGCUUUCGCGGACCCUCUGAAAGAAUGGAAGAUCAUAGUGACGCAUUAUGGAGGACUGGCGGGUCUAGCUCUGAUUGGACUCCUCCUGGCAGCUAUUCUCCCCUGCGCGGGUCUCUUCUUCUGUUGCUGCAGAUGCGCGGGUCAUUGCGGUGCUCGAAGUCAACCCUUCGACAAAAAGCACGAUCAUUGCAGGAAAAUUAUGCUCAGCAUCGUGCUAAUAGGAGUCGCCACUAUUAUACUAUUCGGGGUGGUCUGCGCCUUCGUGACAAAUGAGUACAUGCAGGAGGGAACCAGAGAGCUUCCGACCAACGCCAAGACUAGUCUGAAGGACGUCAAGCUCUACUUGACUACCACAAAGCAAGAGAUCGACAAUUUGCUUAAAACCAAUCCCGAGGAAUUAGAAGUUACGCUCAACAAUAUUCUACAGGCCAGCGGCAAAAUCGUUACCGAGCAACUAGCGGAAUACUCACACGCCGUUUCCCUCACUAAUCUGAACGAUAUAGUCGCGGGCUUAGAGUCGAUCAGAGAGGAUUUGAGACUGAUGAAUAAAAUAACACAGGAAUUGCGAACAAACGCCAGUCAGUUAGACAUCGUUGUUCGUGGCGUCAAGAAAAAUCUUCUCCACACACUGGCUGCAUGCACAACUGACAAGUGCCAGCGAGUUCUUCACGACUACAAAGUGAAUCAAAUGUCAGUACAAGUGGACUUUGAUAAGUACAUGGACCGUUAUUUUCCAAAGCUUCUAGCGUCUCUGCCGGACGUUACAUUCGCGUUACAUAACAUCACCGUGCUGAUGGAGAGUAAUAUAGUGUCGGAAGUGAGCCAAGGCAGGGAUUCGUUUCUAAAGAUCCAGAAGGACAUUCAGCAAGCCGUUAAUCAAACGAUUCCCGUGGUCAGCGCGAGUAUUCGACGAGCCUGUAAUUUUCUGGCAGGCAUCGCCAAUAACAUGACUGCCAUCAUCGACAGAAUAAAUGUCGAUAUAGAUAGAGUUUAUAUUCGACAUUUAGAAAUUGCCCGGAACAAUAUAGAUCAGUAUUCUCCCUAUAGAUACUAUCUCGGUCUUGGUAUAUCCGGUAUUCUUCUGACUGUUCUAAUGUGCUUGACGUGUGGUCUUCUCUGUGGUAUUUGCGGAAAGCGUCCGGACGGAUACGGAGAUGAUUGUUGUAAUAAGGGAUCAGGCGCACGAUUUCUCAUGAUGGCUGUGUGGAUCAUCUUUCUUUUAACGAGCAUCCUGAUGGUCAUAACUGUCGUGCAUAUGAUAACCGGCGUUAUGGCUCAACGUGGCAUCUGCGAACCUUUGAAGAAUCCGAAAGACAAUAGAAUGUUCGAGCUGGUCGACGAGCUUGUGCAAAUCAAGAGGAUACUGUAUCCAAAAUAUCCUAAUGCGAAUAUUAACAUGAGUUAUAUUGUUACCAAAUGUCAUGAAAACGAGACGCUCUACAAUGUGCUGAAUCUGAAAAAUGUGUUUGACGUUGAAAGCCUGCGCGAUUAUGCUGGACGUUACGACAUCAAUGACACCAUACAACAGUUGCGCCGCAAGAUCAGCCUUUCCCCCGGUGUGGUGAUUCUGAAGGACAGCGCGAGAUCCAAGUUGAACGAUCUGGCGCAGAGCGGUCUCAGCGAUAUUAAAUUCUAUCAGUAUGCCGAGUUGCUUGCCGACAACAUCACGAAUAUUAACUUGGAACAUCUUGCCAAACAAUUGCGGGAGGUAUCUGCUAAACUGCCGGAGGGCCAAGAGGAAAUCAGACUCAGUCUCGAGAAAAAUGCGCACGACUUGGAACAUUAUCACAGAGAUUUGGUCAUGCCGAUGGCUACGCUCAGCGAGCAAUUAAGCGCAAACGCGCUAAUGCUUCAAGAGAACAUCAAGUUUAAUCAUAGCUCGAUGGCAGACGCUAUUCACGAUUUAGUGGAUGAAGUUACUAAGGCACAGGUGUUCCUGAAUAAAGAUGGACCAGAAUACGUUCAAUAUCUCGCGACUAGAUUUGGCAAUGCAUUCUUACAUCAAGUGGACAACUUCCUCGAGCACGUAAUCAAAUCUGCAACUUUUAAAUUGGGAAGGUGCGCUCCCGUUUCGAAUGCUUACAACGCAACACUCGUAGCAGGAUGCAAUAAAAUCCUAGAUCCAUUUAACGGCUUCUGGGCGAGCGUCGGUUGGUGCUUGAUCCUAUUCAUACCGACGAUAGUGCUCUGUGUGAAACUGAGUGCUUUGUAUCAAAAGUCGGAUCCAUAUCCAGGACCUCUUGUCGAAGCUGAAUAUUUGUAUGACGCGUACGCAGACAGGGAUAACAUACCCCUCGCCCACGUUCACGACAAGAAGCACGUCGCCCAUAGCAGGCAUCAUCCCGCGGCAUACGUCGAAAGCUAUGACGGUCCAGCGGUGGGAUACAGCGAGCGCGAGAGGAUUCCCGACGCCCAUCAGAGUACGUCGCAUCACGACUCGAGAUAUUCCGAUCUGGCACCGAAAAAUUGGGACUUUCCUAACGGUGGUCCACCAAGAUAUCAACCAGCAACUGCCGGGGCUCCGCCUCCCCUAAGCACUGAAUAUGAACGACCGCCGCCCUAUUACUAUCCUGGACCAGGGGAUAGAAAUUAGGAAACAAGUACCGUGGCAUGCACGAAAACUGCACUGAACAGUGUGGCGACGCACAGCCUCACGCGCAGCUACAAACGGACACUCAAGAAGAAAGAGAAGUCAGGAUAUAAAAGAGACUACGUAUAAUAAUAUACCUUGCUCUCGUUUGUUCCCGAGCGUGCCACGGAUUGUGCGAACACCAAAAGUUUAAAGACCAAGUUUAAUACAGACUGAAAUAGGCCAAUGAUCCUUUCGCGACGUCUUUCUUUUUUCCUUCUACGGAGCGUAAAUGUGAUGCGACACGCGAAUUCCUCUUUUUGUAAUAUUUCUGUAAGAAUUAUAAUACUCGUAUGUGUUUUGAUAUACCGCGGAAGGAACAUCGUUCUAGAUUAAUGUGAUUUGAUGUCGAGAAUGUCGAAUCUUUUCGUUUAUUUUUUUUCAACGUAGAGAUAAACAACGUUGGAUAUUCAAUCUGAUACACUUGACAUUCGUUUCCUCAAGCAGUAUAAAUAUAAAAUACUUGUAUUUCUCUUUGCAUUUUUUCUUGUCAGUUAAAAUAAUCACAGCGUAUGGAUAGAAUAAAAAAACCAACCGAAAAGAAAUCAAAAGCGAACAAACUGCUGAGAAAAAAAAUCCUUUUAUUUAACAAUAUACAAAGACUGUGUGCGCGAGAAGCUGCGCAUAUCUAAUUCGAUCGAAUUAUAUAUAGCACAAAUUGUACGCUGCCAAUCCAAUGUAUCGUUUUCCGUAAAAGGUAUCCAUUAUAUAUAUAUAUAUAUUAAUACCGGAUCCUGUCGAUUCACCUCUUUGAGCACUGAGCAAUGCCAUAUAAAAAUGCCAAACGACGUGUGUUAUUUACACACAUUCAAAGAUACGCAUUAAGUGUGCGCUAUGAGGUUUAUCACUUUGGAUCUCGCUCGUUUAGCUGAGGGCAAAAAAAUACGUUAGAAAUUGAGUCUUAUAUUCCGCCGAUGUGUCCUCACUUAUAUGGCGGAAAGAAAAUUUCCAAGAGUGGUCGUGUAUAUGUAUGUAUAUGUAUAUAUAGCCACUCUAUUAUAAAUACUCUGUGUACAUGGAUUUUUUUAAGUAGCUCUUUUCUUACUAUUAUCUUACUGUGUAACUUGUCGAUAUAAGCGAUGAGGCGAUUUUUAUGCCGCGUAGAUCGCUUAAUUUUGUUUCUACGCGUCGUAGGAAUCCUUCGAUCUGUGUAUUAUUGCAGCAUCCGUCGUCCAUUCGGGUACAGUAAUUAAUCGAGCACGUAGUUUCUCUCGUUCAUGCAUAAUUUAUAUACAUAUAUAACAAAUUUAAGGAUUUACGUAGUACAUUUACUGUUACGAACUAUUAUUUUUAUAUUCAAGAAUUGAUUUAAUUAUAUACAGUUUUUGCUUUUGGAAAACUGAUAAUAUACAUUUAUAUAUACAUAUAUCAACAUAAAUUCUUAGCUAAUGGCAUUAUCACUUAAAUCCAUCAAAUUUAUAUUAGAACUUACUCGAACUUUGUUAGAAACUAGAAAACCCAGUUAUCCUUUAUUAAAAAAAAAGACAAUGUAAAUCAUUGACGUUUGUCAACGUGUGUAUCACUUUCGAAGAAUUCGCUCAUUUACAAAAGAUUCGUCGUUUAAUGUAAACUUACAUUUGAUAUUGUUGUAAAAGAAAAACUAAUUAAGGUUUCACGUGAAAUUAUUGCUGUAACUCGAAGACAAGGGACAUGAUGAAGGAUGUUGUGAAACGAUGAAUAGGGGAAGCGCUCCGGAUAUUGCUCUCGCACAGAUAGAGAUUGAUACCGGCAUAAUUUCGUUAAAUUAAUAUUUUCAUAUCAUAUGCGCAUGGUCCUUAUGCGCGAAUAAAUAAAUAUUAAACAAUUUGAUAUAAAGUCUUUUCUCUCGCGUGUAUUUUUAAAGUGUUCGAAAAUUAAAGUCGAAAUUAUACCGAUUGCAAUCCUCGAUACAAAGUUCUCGGAAUUGAUUUGGGAAGUAUGAAAGCAAAACUCGUAUUCUAUCUCGUCUCUCUAUUAGAAAACAUGUUUCUUUUGAAAUGUUUAAUGAAAAUUGUUCCAAGUUUUGAUUCUAAUUUGAAUUUUCUUCACGCACUAUGAGUUUCGCUUUCAUAUUUUUCAUAUACAAGAUAUUGCAUACCGUGCUUGAGCGUCAAGUAUUGGAAUUGGCAGAAAGUUAGUCGCUAUUUUUCUUCGUAUAUCGUAGUUAAAACGCGAUAUAAAUGAGAAAAGCACGAAAUCGUUAGAAUAUUUAUGAGAAAGAGCGCACGAAUAAAACUUGUAUGAAAAUGUGUAUGUGUGCAUGUAUGUAUAUGUAUGUGUGUGUAUGAAAGAAAAAGAGAA